AUGUUCUUCCAGCUAAGGAACGGUCUGACAGAUGCUGUUACCAGGAUUCUGAAGAACUACCCCGGCCAGGACAAGGCCCCCGAGCAAGCCUGGGACUACAUCCAGCGCACGAUGGAGUGCUGUGGUUGGACGGGGCGUCUGGACUGGCAUGACAACCCCGUGGUGAUGAACAGCUCUCAGAUGCUCUUCCCCUGCUCCUGCCGCAACGUUUCCAUGACGACAGAGAACGCCACGGAGACCGGCUUCUGUGACGCAGAGUCCCCAGACUGGCCUGUCUAUGAGCAGGGUUGUAUGGUCAGUGUGGAGAGCUGGCUCUUCACCAACUAUGGAGUCAUUCUGGGCAUCUGUCUUGGGGUGGCCGUUAUCGAGCUGCUGGGUAUGAUCUUGUCUAUGGGGCUCUGCAAGAGCGUCCGCCAAGAGGACUACACCAAAGUGCCAAAGUACUGAAGAGAAGACAAAGGGACACACACACACACACACACACAGACACACACACUCACACACACACACACACACACACACACACAGACACAC